GCUGCAGUGUUCAGAUCCCUCUCCCUCUCUCUCCCUCUCUCUCUCUCUCUUCGUUUGUAUCUCAACUCAGCUGAUGCCUUUUCCCCUCCUGCUCUCCAGGAACCGGUGGACUGCAAACUUUUGCACCAUGGAACACGCUCCGCUCUCCAGGAACGCUUGCUGCGAUGCCUCUGGAACCUGCUGGUGUAGUUUGGCGUCUUUUUACAUGCUUGGGAUUUCUAAACAGAACUGCAGGCUGGGAUGUGAAUGAGAACUGUUGAGAAAGAGCCUGGAAAAAAGAUCGAGGAGGAGCAUUUUUAGUUUUCUCCUUCACUUCUAUCAAGUGUGUGCACAUUUGUCCUCCUUCUUCUGGCUCUUAUGGGAAUUAGACACUCGUCCCGCUGCAUGCUCCUCAGGAGAAAAAUGGCGGAGUCUGAGAGCAGUGAGCAGCCACAGACGCAGCCACAGCCGAUCCGCAUAAUUCCAUCCCAGUCGGCGCAGCCCACCCCGUUGCCCAAACCUGUGCCUUCCAUCCAGCACGGGACGAGGCCUCCGUUCCCGCCGCACACACCACACGCUGCCAGCCUCCCGAGCUGCACGGGGCGGGGCAAGAAGUUCCUCAGUCCCGAGGAUAUGACCUCACGAGACUACUACUUCGACUCCUACGCCCAUUUCGGUAUCCACGAGGAGAUGCUGAAGGACGAGGUGAGGACGCUCACCUACAGGAACUCCAUGUACCACAACAAGCACGUCUUCAAGGACAAGAUAGUGCUGGAUGUCGGAAGCGGGACGGGGAUCCUGUCCAUGUUCGCGGCCAAGGCCGGGGCGAAGCACGUGUACGGGAUUGAAUGUUCCAGUAUAUCAGAGUACUCCGAGAGAAUCAUCAAGUCCAACCACCUGCACAGCGUGAUCACCAUCUUCAAGGGCAAGGUGGAGGAGGUGGAGCUUCCCGUCGAGAAGGUCGACAUCAUCAUAUCCGAGUGGAUGGGCUACUGCCUCUUCUACGAAUCCAUGCUCAACACCGUCAUCUUCGCCAGGGACAAGUGGCUGAAACCCGGUGGAUUAAUGUUUCCUGACCGAGCCUCACUGUACGUGGUGGCCAUCGAAGACAGGCAGUACAAGGACUUCAAAAUACACUGGUGGGAGAACGUAUAUGGCUUUGACAUGACCUGUCUCCGUAACGUGGCGAUGAGGGAGCCGCUGGUGGACGUGGUCGACCAAAAGCAGGUGGUGACCAACUCCUGCUUGGUCAAGGAGGUGGACAUCUACACGGUGAAGCCGGAGGACCUCUCGUUCACCUCGGCCUUCUGCCUGCAGAUCCAGAGGAACGACUACAUCCACGCUCUGGUCACCUUCUUCAACAUCGAGUUCACCAAGUGUCACAAGAAGACUGGCUUCAGCACCGCACCAGAUGCAUCCUACACCCACUGGAAGCAGACAGUGUUUUACCUGGAGGAGUAUCUGACGGUGCGGAGAGGAGAGGAGAUCGUUGGCAGCAUCGCCAUGAAGCCCAAUGAGAAGAACAUUCGCGACUUGGACUUCACCUUCGAGCUGAACUUUAAGGGGCAGCUGUGUGAAGCGGCCAUUUGUCACGACUACAAGAUGCGUUAACUUUGACCCCGGUGCCCAGUCGAGUUCCAACCCUUGACCACCAGAGGGAGACGGAGACACACACCCCCCCCCCCACCCCGACCGUAGACCAGGAAAGACCAGGCCGAGGAGAGGGCCGAGAGGGGCCCCACUGACAACAUCACUAUUGUCACUCAGAUGAAGGCAGGAAGUCACUAACUGACGGUGAACAGCUCUGAAUGUAACACUGACCAAAAAAAAAGAGGUCAGGGUCUCGAUGAUUGUCAAAGAUGAAUCGAUGUGCAUGAGGUGUGAGAUGGAGUGAUGUUCCUCUGUGUUCUCUUUUUUUAACGAUUACUUGAACCUUGCGGAGCGACGCAUGUUCCGUUCACAUUCUGUUACGAGUAGAGAAUCCAUUUGAAGGCAUAGGUCUUAUGUCGUACUAUGUACUGUAGGGAAUGAUUGUCUGAUUAUAGUUGUGUAACUUUAACAAUGUGGGGAAAAACUGGCAGCAAUCGAGCGCCAAAGCCAAGGACCCACCCACCUGCGUACGUGCCGUGUAUGUGAAAGGUAACGUGUUUGCAUCGUCAGUGUACAAGUAGCUAUCUGUGAGUGUGUAACUGGUGCACAGCUUGGAGUCCAGACGUGCCCCCCCCCCCCCCAUCC